GAAGGAGGAGGGCUGGGAUCUCGGGCCGGGGACGGGAAUUUCAUCUGAAUGACUGUCCCCCGCGCGCCCGGCGCCCCCGACUCGGCCCCGGCGCCCUGCAGCCGCCGCCGGGAGGACAGCGAGCGGGGGACCGCCCCAGCCGGGACGCCGGGCGCUUGGCUGGGCCUCGCCCGCCCUGUUCGGACCUAGCGGAGCCCUCGGGCGCGGCGGCGCUUUUUCCGGCUCCUCUUUGAAGGGACGCGAAUCUCGGACUCGGCGGCGGCGGCGCGGAGGAGGAGGAAGAGGAGGAGAAGGAAGAGGAGGAGGAGCCGGGAGCGCGGGGUGGCGGCCGGCGAGAAGCCCCGAAUCCCGGCAGCCAGAGAGAGGAAGGGAAGUGUGCGGCUCGCGGAGAGGCAGCUGCGGGGCGCGCCCCAAUGUCAGCGGACGAGCGGAGCGGGGGAGGCGCAGGCGGCGGCCGCGGCUUCGUGGAUGGAAUUUGGACUUGGGCAGGCCCAUCCCUGGCUCGUGCCCCGGCUCCGGCCAGCGCCGCCCGCUAACACUCCCUACACUCAGCAAGGAGGAGGAAGAGGAGGCGGCGGCAGCGGCGUCGUGAGCACCCCCUGCCUUGAGAAGCCGGGCGCCGUCCGCCAGUGCGGAACCCCAGAGAGGCUGUGCUGCUGAGCUCGCUCAGGGCGCAUCGCUGCGCGGCUCGCUCUAGCGACCGCCUUGGUUUUAAGCGGGACUGGUCCCAGGCUGCGGGUAGGAAGCUCAGGCCGGGGCCCGGCCAGCGGCCAAGGCCCGGCCUGGGGCGCUACAGCUGCCUCCUUCGCCAUGGCGGAGAAUUGGAAGAACUGUUUCGAGGAGGAGCUCAUCUGCCCCAUCUGCCUGCAUGUCUUCGUGGAACCCGUGCAGCUACCUUGCAAACACAACUUCUGCCGCGGCUGCAUCGGCGAAGCCUGGGCCAAGGACAGCGGCCUGGUUCGAUGCCCCGAGUGCAACCAGGCCUACAACCAGCGUCCAGGCUUGGAGAAGAACCUCAAACUCACCAACAUCGUGGAGAAGUUCAACGCGCUGCACGUGGACAAGCCGCCGGCCGCGCUGCACUGCGUGUUCUGCCGUCGCGGCCCCCCGCUGCCAGCCCAGAAGGUCUGCCUGCGCUGCGAGGCUCCCUGCUGCCAGUCCCACGUGCAGACGCACCUGCAGCAGCCCUCCACCGCCCGCGGGCACCUCCUGGUGGAGGCCGACGACGUGCGGGCCUGGAGCUGCCCGCAGCACAACGCCUACCGCCUGUACCACUGCGAGGCCGAGCAGGUGGCCGUGUGCCAGUACUGCUGCUACUAUAGCGGUGCCCACCAGGGACACUCUGUCUGCGACGUGGAGAUCCGGAGGAAUGAGAUUCGGAAGAUGCUCAUGAAGCAACAAGACCGUCUAGAGGAGCGGGAGCAGGACAUUGAGGACCAGCUCUACAAACUGGAGUCUGAUAAGCGGCUGGUGGAGGAGAAGGUGAGCCAGCUGAAGGACGAGGUAAGACUGCAGUAUGAGAAGCUGCACCAGCUGCUCGAUGAGGACCUGCGGCAGAGCAUGGAGAUCCUGGACAAGGCCCAGGCCAAGUUCUGCAAUGAGAACGCGGCGCAGGCCCUGCAUCUCACCGAGCGCAUGCAAGAGGCCAAGAAACUGCUCAGCUCCGUGCAGCUGGUCUUUGACAAGACGGAGGACAUCAGCUUCAUGAAGAAUACCAAGUCCGUGAAGAUCCUAAUGGAUAGGACUCAGAGUUGCACAGGGGGCAGCCUCUCGCCUCCCAAGAUCGGCCACCUCAACUCCAAGCUGUUCCUGAAUGAGAUCUCCAAGAAGGAGAAGCAGCUGAGGAAGCUGCUGGAAGGCCCCUUUAGCACCCCGGUGCCCUUUCUGCAGACAGUCCCACUGUACUCAUGUGGCGUGAACAGCAGCUCUGGAGCAGAGAAACGAAAGCACCAGACAGCCUUUCCUGAGGCCAGCUUCCUGGAGUCCCCAGGCCCUGUAGGGAGCCAGUUCGUGGGCCAGCCGGCCUCAGCCGGGGAGGGCCAGUCGAGCCAGCUGGGGCCCUGUAGCUCCACUCAGCACCUGGUGGCCCUGCCAGGGGGGGCGCAGCCUGUCCAUUCAAGUUCGGUGUUCACAUCGUCGCACUACCCUAACGGCGCCGCUGCACAGCAGCCCGUGCUACCCCAGUAUGGGGGCCGCAAGAUCCUCGUCUGCUCCGUGGACAACUGUUACUGUUCCUCCGUGUCGAACCACGGCAGCCACCAGCCCUAUCCCCGUUCUGGCCAUUUCCCCUGGACAGUGCCCUCGCAGGAGUAUUCACACCCACUCCCACCUGCCCCCUCUGUCCCGCAGUCACUCCCAGGCCUGGCUGUCAGAGACUGGAUAGAUGCCUCCCAACAGCCUGGACACCAGGAUUUCUACAGGGUGUACGGCCAGCCGUCCACCAAACACUACGUCACAAGUUAACACCGGGGCUAGGUGGGGAGGCUGGGGGGGCUGUUGGGCCCCCCCAAGUCAGCCCCUCAAUUAUGCAGCCCCUGUUCUUCCUCUUUCCUUUGAUGGCUUCUCUCCCCUUCCUCCCAUUUUCUUUCAGUUUUUAUUUUCAUUUUCUUGGGGGGGGGUUUUAUACAAAUCUGCUGGAAGCCAAGAAGAUCACCGGACUUGGGGGUCUGGGCUGGGGCUCUCUGUAGCUUCGAAGGUGCCUCACUCCAAGAGGGGUGUGUCUCUCUCUCUCUCUUUUUCUCUAUUCCCCUCCUUACCCCUCUUCCUUGGGCCCCCCCUCCGCUGGAAGGAUCUGUGGUGCCCCCCCUUUCACCCCCAACCCCCAGCCUGGCUGUGGCUGGAGGGGCUGGUGCCUGCUGGGCUGACUCUACCUUCAAUUUUUUUGGGGAAGGUCAAUCACUGAUUCAGUAAGAGAUGACCCGUAGAUUGUGUGUGUUUUUUUUGUUGAAUUUUUUUUUAAGCCAAGAAUGAUUUUUUUUUCCCCUUCCCUUUCCCUGAGUUCAAAGGCCACUUCUCACACAGCUUUUGGCAUCUUCUGGGCACAGAGCAGGAUCUAUGGAUGUAAUGAAAUAACAGGAGCCCUCCAUGCCCUCAUGCCCUGGACAGGGGGAGAGGAAGGGACUCUGACCACAGGCCUGGACUCUGACAAUGAUGACAAAUACCAAUAAUAAUGAGAGAGAGGCCUAGUUGAGAUCUUGGGGAUGAGGGUGGGGGCAGGGCUGUCCUGCUCUCACUCCUUUCCCAGAUUUUGACGAUGCAACUUCCUGUAAUGAGCACUUUGUAUAAAACGUGGACUUCCUGUUCUAAAGGCACAGGUAUUUAUUCUGUAACCCGUUUUAGAGCACACACCCAAAUCCAACCUUCUAAUAAACGUGAUGGCAGACUUC